AUGGACUUCUCCCAGAUGAACGCGGCCGAGCAGGCCCACAUGUCUAAGGUCAUCGAAAAGAAGCAGAUGCAAGACUUCCUGCGGAUGUAUUCCAACCUCGUGGAGCGAUGCUUCAACGCCUGCUGUAACGACUUUACAAGCAAGGCGCUGUCCUCGAAGGAGGAGCAGUGCGUGAUGAACUGCGCGGACAAGUUCCUCAAACACUCCGAGCGUGUAGGAGCCCGCUUUGCUGAACAAAAUGCUGACGCCAUGAACUCAACCAACAAAUGA